UUCCCCCCUUUUCUCUCUCUCUCUUUCUCUCUCCAGCUCUCGCUCCUCUCUCUGUUGAAUUUCUUCUCUCUUCUUUUCCAAAAUCAACUUCCAUUUCCUCCUUCAAUUAAUUUCCGCAUACCCCUUUUCGUCUCCAUUUCAUUUCACAUCACCUUAUCUUCUCGAAGUAGUUGCAUCCGUUUUUGGCUCUCUCUCUCUCACAACUUUUAUCUCUGAGCUUUUUCUUUAGCUGUUAAAAUCCUUGAACACUACCCAUCUUCUCUGUUUAGGGUUAGGGUUUAGAAUUCAGUCGUCUGAUGCACAAAAUUAUGUGCCUGUCGUGCGACUUGUUUGGCUGUGAAUUCAACAAUGCUGAUCUCAGAUUAGUAUUCGAUUUGAUUUGAUUUUCUUUUUUCUGAAGUCUUGCAGUCAGUAAAGUUAACUUCAGUUUUCCAGCUUGAUUUUCCGUCACUAUCUCUAAUUCACUACUGCUUCGAUUUUUUUUGUAAAUAUAUAUUUACAUGUAUAUGUGUAUAAGCAUUUACAGAGUGACAGAUACAGAGAGAGUGGGGAGAGAGGGAUCAGAAACUCCUAUAGAUCUAGCUUAUGGUAUUGAUUGGAUUGGCUUUUGAAAGUGUUGUUUUUAUUAGAGUAUAAAAAGGAGCAUCUCCAUUCGACUCUAUUGAAUUUUUUUUGUUGAGGGUUUGUUAGGGUGGUGUCAGAUUGAAAAUUUAUUAGUUACUGGUUUACCACUAUGAACUUCAAGAACUUUGGAAAUGAGCCGCCGGCCGAUGGUGGUGGUGGUGGCGGCCGGCUGCCUGAGGCUUUUCCGUUGGCUCGGCAGCAGUCAAUUUACUCGUUAACAUUCGACGAGUUCCAGACAUCUCUUGGGGCCGGGAUAGGGAAGGACAUAGGGUCCAUCAACAUGGAUGAGCUCUUGAAAAACAUCUGGAGUGCUGAGGAGACACAAACCAUUGGGUCCACCUGCGCUGUGGGCGGGCAAGAACCGGGUGGUGGGUAUUUACAGAGGCAGGGCUCGUUAACCCUACCGAGGACGUUGAGUACUAAGACGGUGGAUGAGGUCUGGAGAGACAUGGCGAAAGAGUAUGGUGGUGGUGGGGGUGGGGGUGGUGGGGGAUCGAAUUUGGGUAUGCCAACGAGACAGCCGACUCUGGGAGAGAUGACACUUGAGGAGUUCUUGGUUAGAGCUGGGGUUGUUAGGGAAGAGAAUCAAUUACCUGGAAAUAGCAAUAGCAGUGUUUUUUUCGGUGAUAAUUCGGGUUUAGGUUUCGGGUUUCAGCAGCUAGGUAAUCAGAACAUAGGGUUGAUUGGUAAUAAUAGGCUUCCCGACAGUAGUAAUCAAACUUCCAUACAAUCAGGGAAUUUACCCUCGAGUGUAAAUGGGAUUAGGUCAACAGCACAACCGCAGCAGUUAUAUAUCCCACAGUCCCAGCAGCAGCAACAGCAGCAGCAGCAGCAAAUUUUCCCCAAGCAAUCAAUUCUACCUUAUGCCAAUCCCAUCAUGCCUAUACCAAGUAGCCCUGCAAUUAGGAGUGGGAUUGUUGGAAAUACUGAUGCAUCGUCGAUGAAUGGUAAUUUGGUGCAGGGUGGUGUAAUACAGGGCGGAGGGAUGGGUAUGAUUGGGUUGGGAGCUGGUGCUGUUACUGUGGCAGCUGGUUCUCCAGCAGUUCAUUCAGAUGGGUAUGGGAAGAGUAAUGGAGAUACAUCUUCAGUUUCGCCGAUUCCUUAUGUGUUUAAUGGAGGUAUAAGGGGAAGAAAAGGCGGGGCUGUGGAGAAGGUUGUUGAGAGGAGACAGAGGAGGAUGAUAAAGAACAGGGAGUCGGCUGCUAGAUCACGGGCUCGUAAGCAGGCUUAUACUACAGAGUUGGAAGCAGAAGUUGCAAAACUGAAAGAGGAAAACGAAGAACUGCGCAAGAGACAGGCGGAAAUAAUGGAGAUGCAAAAAAAUCAGGUCUUGGAGACGAUGAACAAGCAGCAAGGAGUCAAGAGAAGAUGCCUGAGGCGAACACAGACUUGCCCAUGGUGAAGAGUUUGAUUGUGAUUUGAUUGAUGAAAUUUAAUUACGAAAAUAGGAGGUGCUGUGUAUAUUUAAGAGAAAUAUGUUUUGUGCUGUAGAUCAAAAGAGGCUUCAUCUACGUCGGUGCAUAGACAAAGUUACAUAUGACUCUGGUCUUGCCUCGGCCCUAGACAUGGGUGCCAUGGUCAUUGGGCAUCUGCGACAUUAGUGCAUCUAGUUUUUCUUUAUUUUCUUUCUCUUUGUACCGAAAGGAUGGGAGUUGCGCUUCGUUGUUACUUUCAGUUUCCAUGAACUCCUUUUGCUGCUUCUAUGUAAUCAUCAUCCAUAGGUAAGAGAAGGGAGCAAACACACGGUGUACGAUAUAUGUUCCCAGUGUACAUCUGUUCCAUAGGAGUGAAAACUCUUAUUGCUUUCCUGCA